CAAAUUUGGCCCGCGGGGUAAUUAUAUUUGGCCCGCGAGACAAUACCAAAUUACUACUAGAGCUGGCCCGCCGGUAUUAUACAGCGCAUUCACCGCUAAUACUACGAAUCCCAUAAUGCUCUGCUGUUGUUUUCGCGCGCCAAUCAGGACAGGACCCAGAAACGCCCUCUCCUCUGUGACAGUAGUCAUAGCAACAUAGACGCUACAACUGUCAGCGCGCUAUCCCUUCCCAAAAAUGGCGAAAAGAAAGGCAGAAAACAGGAGCUUUCUGGACAAGUGGGAGGCAGAAUAUCUGUUUACAUAUGUAAAAGACAAACCUGUUUGUCUUGUUUGUGGAGUCAACGUGGCUGUAAGUAAGGAGUACAACAUUAGACGACACUAUGAAACGAAACACCAUGACAAAUACAAGGACCUGGACAUGACUCAAAGGAGCCAGAAAGUAGAGGAGAUGAAAAGAAGUUUGGUUUCACAACAGAAUAUGUUCAAAAAAGCCACAUCACAAAGUGAGGCUGCUGUAAAGGCUAGUUAUAUAGUGGCAGCAGAGAUCGCAAAAUCAGCCCGGCCCUUUAAUGAGGGAGAGUUCGUGAAAAAGUGCAUGAUGAAAGUUUGUGACCUCGUAUGCCCAGAGAAAAAGCAAGCAUUUUCAAACGUGAGCCUGAGCAGGAACACAGUAGCUGAUCGCACAUGUGAUCUUGCCACCAAUCUGUAUGACCAGCUGAUGGAAAAGGGAAAAGAUUUCGUUGCGUUCUCCCUCGCUGUGGAUGAGAGCUGCGACGCAUCUGAUACUGCUCAGCUGUCAGUCUUCAUCCGUGGAGUGGACUCAAAUCUGUGUGUUACGGAGGAGCUAUUGGGAUUCAAAUCAAUGCAUGGCACAACCACAGGAAAGGAAAUCUUUGAGGAGGUUUCCAAAUGUGUAACUGAAAUAAAGCUGCCGUGGGAUAAACUCGUUGGAUUAACGACAGAUGGUGCGCCAGCGAUGUGCGGUAAAAAGAGUGGACUGGUGGGCAUGGUUCGGGAGAAGAUGCGGGAAGAGAACUGUGCAGGUGAGCUAACUGUUUACCACUGCAUCAUACAUCAGGAAUCACUGUGUGCCAAAGCCCUAAAGAUGGAACAUGUUAUGACCACAGUAACACAGGUAGUUAACUUUAUAAGAGCCAAAGGUCUGAAUCACCGCCAGUUUAAAUUUUUUCUAGAGGAGUGUGGUUCGGAAUACGCAGACGUGCCGUAUCACACAGAGGUGAGAUGGCUAAGCAGAGGAAAAGUACUGAACAGAUGUUUCGAGCUGCGUGAGGAAAUAUGUCAAUUCCUGGAAACCAAAGGGAAGGAUACAGCAGAGCUCCGGGAGCAAAAGUUUCUGUGUGAGCUGGCCUUUCUCUGUGACAUCUCGAGCCAUCUCGAUGCGCUGAACCUGCAGCUUCAGGGGCGGGGGCGCAUCAUCACAGACAUGUACGCUGCAGUGAGGGCCUUUAAAACUAAACUGUGCCUGUGGGAGAAUCAGAUGCUGCAAGGAAACCCUUGCCAUUUUCCCUGCUGCCAAACCAUAAAAGCGCAGAUCUCUACCGCCGUGUUCCCAUGCGCACAGUUUGCUGAAAAACUCAGUAUUCUCGCCGCUGAGUUUAGCCGGCGAUUUGCCGACUUCGAUGUCCAGAAAUGUAGGUUUGAACUGCUUAGUAAUCCCUUCGCAGUUGAUGUGGAAAAUGCACCAACCAACAUCCAAAUGGAGCUGAUUGAACUCCAGUGCAACGACACACUGAAGUCAAAGUAUGAUGCUGUGGGCGCCGCACAGUUUCCACGGUUCAUCCCUGACACAAUGCCUCAGCUCCGCACCCAAGCUGCUCAGAAGCUCUCCAUGUUCGGCAGCACUUAUCUAUGCGAGCAACUUUUCUCCUCGAUGAAGAUGACCAAAACAACUCACAGGAGACGUCUGACUGAUGAACACCUUCGCUCGAUACUGAGGAUUUCUUCAGCUCAGAGCCUGAGCCCAGACAUUGAUGAACUAGCAUCCAAGAAGAGAUGCCAGGUAUCUGGCUUGGGCACAUCAGAUUAGAUCAGUGUGCAAUAAUUAACGUUUUCUUUGUGCACUUUUUCUUGCUACAAGGCAUGGGCUUGAAUGGUUGAUUGAUUUAUUAUCAUUUUAUUUGUAAAAUUAUUAGCCAGUGGAAAAAGUUUAUUUUGGUAUUUAAAUCAGAAGGCUGCAAAUAGAAAAGAGGCAUA